UGGAGAUUGAGCAUCUAAAUUUUUGAUGAACGAGCUCGCCAUCCGAGCUCGACGAUAUUAGCUGUACUGUAAUGGCUAGGACUCAUAGCUAUGCGCCAGGGCCCCCCCCCAAAACUCAGAAUACGAAUUCGACAAUAUCCUACAAGAUCAUGGAUGGUGAGCUAUGCUUUCGGAUUUCACCUCUUCCAUUGCAUAAGCACUGCCUCACUAGUCAAUGAUGGAUUUAGCCCACUUCAUCUGGGCAAAAGCCUUACAAUCUUCACAGCUUUGCUAACAAGACUACCAGGCGAUCGUGCAAGGUAUGUCUCUUUUUUCAGGGUACUAUUCGUCCUUUGACUCUUGAGGCCAUUAGCGUCUGACGAUGCCAU